CAAAUACCGACUGAUGGCGCCACUUUCGCCUCACCCAACGACCCAACACCAAAAUUCGACAGCGUUCCUAACCUCCACAUUUAAGUUUCGCGAUCAUCCACAAUGAAUUUAAAUUUCGGAGCCACCAAAUCAGCCACGGGUUUCACCUUACCCACCUCCAGCACCCCAAGUACCACAACUGCCACGGGGGGCGCCGGUGACAAUAAACCACCACCCAAACCCUUGACGAGUUUAUUCGGGGCACCUGCGACCACCCCGGCUUUUUCACUGAACACCACCCCUAAAACCACAGCGCCAGCGCCAAGUUUUGGCAUUAGCACGAUCACAAGUGCUGCACCAACCCCAAGUUUUUCCAUCACUCCUGCUGCUGCUGCCGCCGCGACUACAGCUCAGUUUAGCUUAGGGAGUAGCACAACAGCAAAUACAACUGCUGCUACUUCUUUUACCCCUAUUUUUGGGGGUGGAACGUCGCUUGCUUCGAGCGCUGCUGCGACUUCAGCGCCUUUGAAAUUAACUACUUCUUUGACUCCUGGAAGCACUGCUGCUAGUACAACUCCAGGUUUGGGGCUAGGGGGAAUAUCAACAUCAACAACUCAGGCUGCAGCUGUCACCACCACAACAACAGCAACAGUGGCACCAACUGGUACUCUAACAUAUGUCCAGUUGGAAGAUUCCAUAAACAAAUGGACAAUAGAUUUAGAGGAACAAGGGAAAUUUUUUAUCAAUCAAGCCAAACAGUUGAACGCCUGGGACAACCUAUUGGUGUCAAACAGUGACAAAAUUUUAGCUUUGAAUGAAACAAUCGAGCGUAUUAAGCAGCAACAGAAGCAACUGGAUCAAGAACUUGAUUUUGUUUUAGCCCAGCAGAACGAACUGGAUGAGUUAAGUUUGCCACUGGAGAAACAAUUAGCCGAUAUACCUAUCACAGACCAAAAUAGAUUUCAAACGUACCAAUUGUCUGAGAUUAUUGAUUCACAGUUGAAACAAAUGUCUGAGGAUUUGAAAGAAAUCGUGGAGCAUUUGAAUGAAUCAAACAAGAACGAGGAUAUUUCAGAUCCCGUUAUCCAGAUUAGUCGCAUUUUAAACGCUCAUAUGAAUUCGCUUCAGUGGAUUGAUCGGAAUACUGCGCAAAUUUCCUCCCAUUUGGAACAAGUGUCACAGCUUCAUGAAACCUACAGGAAGAAUCAUUUAAAUUUAUAAUUGUUAAUUGUCGAAAUUGUGUUUUUUUUACGUUUCUGUAUUGUAAUUAAUUGAAUAAUGAAGUUUUACGAGUUUGAUUUAUAA